UAAUGUCCCAUAAUAAACAUGUUUGUUACACUUGAUGCUACAAAUGAAAACACAACACAAGUUUAUUAUCGGGGUUUUAUUUUGAAUCCGGAAGUUAUAUUUUACCUGACGCUGACUUAACGCUGACUUGACGCUGGCCGCUCCGCUCCGUUAAGCUGCUCACGGUGAUAAGUAACGGACAGGUCAGAGGCAGGCGGAUCCUGUUCGUCAUUCCUCAGCGGAGGACGGACGCGGAGCGGACGUAGCUGGGACAGCGGACUCUCCUCUUCACACACAACAGGCAGGAUGAUGAUGAUGAUGUCCCCGUGGGACCGCUGGUACUCCACCAGCUGCUGUCUGUGUUGCCAUGUCCGCACAGGAACCAUCAUCCUGGGCGUCUGGUACAUGCUCAUCAAUGCCGUGGUGUUACUCAUCCUGCUCACAGCGCUCAGUGAUCCUGAGCAAUACCACCUGACCAGCGCUGAAUUGGCCAAUGACCUGGAUGUCAUGGAUGACGCCAACAUGUGCAUUGCCUCAGCGAUCUCUCUGCUGAUGAUACUCAUAUGUGGGAUGGCAACAUAUGGUGCAUACAAGCUGCGUGCCGCCUGGAUCAUCCCAUUCUUCUGCUACCAAAUAUUUGACUUUGCUCUCAACACCCUGGUCGCUGUCAGCAUUGUGGUUUACCCGAACACGAUACAGGAUUACCUGCAGCAACUGCCUGAUAACUUUCCCUACAAAGAGGAGAUCGCUGCUCUCAGUAAUGUGUGCUUGGUCCUCAUCGUGCUGCUCUUUAUUGGCUGUAUUCUCGGCUUCAAGGCUUACCUGAUAGCAUGUGUGUGGAACUGCUACAGAUACGUAAGCGGCCGAGGCACCUCUGAAAUCCUGCUCUAUGUUACAACCAAUGACACAACGGUGCUGCUACCCCCGUAUGAUGACAGUGUCAGCAUCCCGCCUAAGCAGGCUCCUCCACCCUACUCCACUGCUACAGCAUGAAAACAUUCCCAGGAUCCUGCUGACUGGACCUUGCUGAUAAUGAAACCCCAGCAAAAUGUAUGCACCACACUGCCUCUCCAGUGUACAGUAUAUUCAUGGAUAUAUUGUUGCUACACACACAUACAGUACAAUACACCAUGCAUGCACUGACACGUACAAAGCCAUCUCACACACCACUACCACCACCGUGACCUCUCACCCCUUCUUGUUAUUUAUUGAUGAACUCAUAUACUUGCUGUAACUCUUCCAUGUAUCCAUCCCGUCUCUGUUAGUAUAAUUCCAGAAAUGAUGUGCAUUUUUAUGCAUUUGGAUCUGGGUGAAAUAACAUAUGAAAGCACUAGAAAGUUUGAUAGAUGAUAGAUUAUAUAUAUUUUUAUGAAUUCUCUUUAUGCUCUGUGUGUACCUGUAAUAGUAUUUUGUGAAUCCGACCUUUGAUAGACAUUAACUUAUGCACAACUUCAAAAACUGACGAUUUUAUUGCCCACAGUAAUGCGUGACUAGUCGUCAAGUGUUUCCUGUUUGUCUCUGCUCGUGAUCAGGGUUGGAUUGCCUUCAUUCAUAACUUUCUCUCUGAUGGGGUGCACUUUAAAGUAUGUGAAGUGUCAUCUUGACUGGAAGUUUCCCAAAGAAAUGCAUCUGCCUGUAUUCUGACAUGAUCAAAGAGCAACCUAGUGUAUAUCGAACAUAUCACCUUCUUUUAUUGUUAUAUUCAUCUGAAGACAGAAUCGUCUUGUGUGUUGAGUUGUGCUGGUUGACCUUCAUAACUUUUAAAUGUAAUGUAAUUGUGUGUUUCUACUGAUUGAUGAGAAAUGUCUUGGGUUGCUAUUUAUUUAUUUUGACAGUGCAGACUGAUCUGGAAUCAGUUUGUUCUUUGAAGUCAUGAUGAAUGAGUUGCUCAUGAGAAAUUGGUGUAAUGACUAGAUCGGGCCUCUCUACGUUCAGGAGCUCAAUAAAUAUGGACCCUGUGUGUUUUUUCAAUUAAGCUGAUGGGGCUUCUGGUCUGUGUAAACACGCAAGUCUGUUGCACCAGAUGCAGUUAUUGCCAAGCUGCUCCCUGGACAUAAAAUAUUCUGCGAGGACACAAAAGUCAAAGCUGAGGACUGCUGC